AUGGUGGAGCCCUUCUUGGGAAGCUGGAAACUGGUCUCCAGGGACAACUUUGAGAAUUACAUGAAGGAACUAGGAGUGAAUGCUGCAACUCGGAAUGCAAUGGCAUCAGCAAAGGUGAACCUGCUUAUUAGUAAGGAGGGGGACACAGUAACCAUCCAAACAGAAAGCAUCAAAACUACAGUUAUCUCCUUCCAGCUGGGAGUAGAAUUUGAUGAAACAACCCCAGACAACAGGAAAACGAAGAGUGUUGUAACACUAGAUAACGGCUCAAUGGUUCACGUCCAAAGAUGGCAGGGCAAAGAAACGACGAUCAAAAGAAAAAUUGUAGACGGAAACAUGGUAACGGAGUACACCAUGAACGAUGUCGUCAGCACUGGCACCUUCGAAAAAGUGUGAAAGAGGAAUCUGCCUCAGGGAACAC